AUGUCCUCCGGGUUUUCUGUUGACGAAGCGAAGAAAGAUAUCUACCAGAUUGGCUUUCAUGUUAUCGAGAACCCAGCUCUGGGCUCAGCAUUUGAGCAGAUGACAAAAGACGAAGCGGCAUUCGACAUCUCCUCGGAUACCGGGUUUGAGUUCUGCAUUAAGUUCGUUUUGUCUGAGCCGCGGGUGAGAGAGACGCUGGACGCGCUUGGCGACGAUCUCGGCUCACGAUUCAUUCUCGGGUACUGUGGCGGAAUUCCUGCUGACCCAAAUCGAAUAUAUUCCUUCCGCGCUGGUGGAGAUAAACCACAUCUCUUGCUAGUGCAUGCCUGGCCACGGAAUUCGAGUUCAGUAUACUAUUGCGGAUUACAUAGCGAAGAAGUUCCCAAGUACCAGUCUGAUAAUAACCUGCUGCGAGUAUUGGGACGGGAUGUAAAAUCAUUCACCGGCAAAGAACUUGGGUGCGACCGAAACAAUGAAAGACAUCCUUUGGCGGAUGGCGGAUUGGUCAUAUGGGAUGCCAGGGCCGCGUUCCGAUCGCUUUGUCAGUGGUCGUACUUUUAUGUGUUUGUCGAGGAAGAACAGCUAAAGGAAUGGAAAGAGACGCGUGAGUUUUGGAAGACAGGACUAAGCAUUCCGGCAUCGCAGGAUCCCGAUUAUGUGGCUCAGUUAGGAGUUUAUGUGCAAAGAGACUAA